AAGGCCGUCUCGGCCACCAGCACGGCCGCCCCUUGCCUGCGCGCCCCGGGGGAUGCGCCGGGUGGCCGCCCAGCCGGGGGCUGCCGGGCGGGCGCCAGCCCGCAGGGCGCGGUAGGGCGCAUGGCGGGCCCUGGUGGCCAGGCAUGGCUCGACCACUGGACGAGGCGGCAGACAGGACGCGACGGCGACGCGGAACGGGGCGGCGGCGCGUCGCGGCGGCCGCCGCCGACGCCGAGGCCGCCGGCCCGCCUGCCGCGCUGCCGGCGUCGCAGGAGCGCCGCGGCCAAGCAGCAGGCGCUGCUGGGCCCGGAGCAGCUGUCCUCGCGGGGCAGCAGCAGCUCCGAGGAUCGAGGUCACGCCCUCUUCGCGCUACAGCACGCCCGACUCCUCGGGAACCCUCGCCGAGGGCGGAGGGUUCCCCGCCGUGCUGAGCUACGGCGCGGAGGUCGCCGCGGCCCCCGCCGAGGACAGCGAGCCCGACGGCGCGCAGGGCCCUUGGCCGUCGCGGUCCGACCUCUGCGGGUGCUGCGUGCGGGCCGGCUGGGUAUGUCCAGUCAGGGCCGCCUGGGAGAAGUGAACCUGACGGUGUGACCCACGCCUGCCAUGGCUGCGCAGUGCGAGCUCGCCUUGGCGUCCUCCCAUCGCCCCCCUCCCUCCAGAACGCGGCACCGCGGGCCCCUGCGCCGCGGGUGCGCAGUGAUCGGGAGCUGGCAGACUUUCCCACCGGGUCCUUCUCCUUCUCACUCCUCCCGCUUGCUCGCCGCUGCCGACGGAGCAGCAAGCGCGUGCGCGAAAGAUGAGCAGGCAGCAAGCGCACGGCUCGCGAGACAGCGCGAGUCACUGAUAUUCUCUAUCCCUCCCGGCCGUCGCUUUUACAUAGACCGCCCGCGCAAGCUCGGCGCUGACAUGGUGCGCCCGCCGCACUGCUCCCUGGCGGCGCCCCCAAAGGGAAAGCAGAAGCAGGGGGGGGGGGGGAAGUCCGACGCUUUCUGGUGCUUGCGUCGGCCCUCGAUCGGCGGGGCUGGCCGCGCCACACGCUCGGAGAGCGCUCUGACCCCUGAGCCGCCCGCCCCGUCAUUGUAUUCCUUCGGCCGCGUCCCUCCUCCCUCCUCCUCCUGCACGCUGGCACAAUUCGGAAAUUAUAGCAGGAGCGGUUCAGUUGUUCAUCCUUUGACGCUCGUGGCGCUUGCAGGCCACGAACGAGCUUUCAGGUCUGCUCGGCCGUGCGCCAACACAACGGCUGCGGGCCGCCAGUGCCAAAUUUCCCCCCCUCGGGGGCGCCGCCGAAGGAGGAGGAGG